UGAUUCUUCAUUGUGAAUGAAUUCUACUUUUUGGAACUCCAAAUACGAGAAACAGAGCGAGAGAGAGCGUACAUUAAUAGUAAUACCAAAACUCCGCCCUCUCCGAUUCACCGUUAAGAGAGGUCAAGGAAGGAAAUGGACUCGCCCUCGACGACGCGGAACGCGUCGCGAUCGUCGAUGAUUGAAUCGAUUCGUGCGUGUGGCCUGACGGGAACAAGAAUCGAUAAGGAGGAACUCAGGCGGAAGAUGUCCAUGCCGCUUUACCUUCGCUCAGCCAUCCGCGAUGCUAUUCGUCUCAAGGACGCAGUCGCCGCCGCCGAGACUCACUAUAAAGGCGCCGAUGGAGGCGCUGGAUUGAUCCAGGACUACACUGCCCCCGAGGGCCCUAUGGUUGUUUUCAUUAAUCCCCGGAGCGGUGGUCGCCACGGACCUGUCCUCAAGGAGCGCCUCCAGCAAUUAAUGGGAGAAGAACAGGUUUUUGACCUACAAGAUGUGAAGCCUCAUGAAUUCGUCCUGUAUGGACUGCCCUGCCUAGAUAAGUUGGCCAAUCUUGGCGACCAUUGCGCCAAAGAAACUCGUGAAAAGCUCCGGGUUGUGGUUGCAGGAGGUGAUGGUACAGUUGGUUGGGUGCUUGGAUGCCUUGGAACACUCAACAAGCAGGGUCGAGAGUCCGUCCCUCCAGUAGCAAUUAUUCCACUUGGUACAGGCAACGACCUGGCUCGGAGUUUUGGCUGGGGUGGUUCAUUUCCUUUUGCCUGGAAAUCAGCUGUCAAAAGGAGUCUUCACAGGGCUAUCACAGGUCCAGUUGCUCGUCUAGAUAGCUGGCAUAUUCUGAUCUCAAUGCCAUCUGGAGAAGUUGUGGACCUACCCCAUUCUUUGAAAGCUACAGAAGAGUAUUCACUUGAUCAGGGUCUAGAAAUUGAGGGGGCAUUGCCUGACAAAAUGAAUGGCUAUGAUGGAGUAUUCUACAAUUACUUUAGCAUAGGGAUGGAUGCUCAAGUUGCAUAUGGCUUCCAUCAUUUACGCAAUGAAAAACCUUACCUUGCGCAAGGCCCAAUAUCAAAUAAGAUAAUAUACUCUGGUUACAGUUGCACUCAGGGUUGGUUCCUCACACCUUGCAUAAGUGAGCCAAGUUUAAGGGGACUUAAGAACAUCCUGAGGAUGCAUGUAAAAAAGGUUAACUGCUCGCAAUGGGAGCAGGUCCCAGUCCCUAAAAGUGUGAGGGCGAUUGUUGUUUUAAAUCUCCAUAGCUAUGGAAGUGGGAGAAAUCCAUGGGGUAGUCCGAAGCCACGGUAUUUGGAAAAGAGAGGCUUUGUUGAGGCCCAUGCUGACGAUGGUCUUUUGGAAAUCUUUGGCUUAAAGCAAGGUUGGCAUGCAUCAUUUGUUAUGGUUGAGCUUAUCUCUGCCAAGCACAUUGCUCAGGCUGCCGCAAUUCGAUUAGAAUUUAGGGGUGGGGAAUGGAAAGAUGCCUAUAUGCAGAUGGACGGAGAACCAUGGAAGCAACCCAUGAACAAGGACUACUCAACAUUUGUAGAAAUUAAGAAAGUACCUUUUCACUCACUCAUGGUAAAUGGAGAAUAGUUCUGCUUUCCUUUUGCCCUAGCCAUAACCUUGAGUUUUGAUUUUUUUUAAUGGCUUAUUCCUCCCAGAGGGCUUGUAAAUUUAUACAGUCAAGUUAUUAGGUAAAUGCAUAUUUUGUUGUAUCAAAAUCCUUAUUGGUCAAGUUAUUAGGUAAUCUGCUUUUCUGUUGUGGUUGUUAAGAAGACUUUGCUUACGGUGAUUUAAUGGAUUUCUCAGCCGUCUGAACCAA